AUGGGAAGUUCUAAAUCUAGAGGAAGAAGAGCCGAAAAGAAGGCACAAAAAUUGGAUAGUACGGACUUUUCAGAACACAAGGACCAUACACAGUCUCAAUCGGAAAAUAUCCCCAAUACCUUCUUUGGUCUCGUUGAUGCAAGUGAAAUUGAUUAUUUCAAACAAGCAGAAUCCACAUUGAAUAUCAAUGCGUUUGAGAGUGACGAAGACAGAGAGGGAUUCAUCAAUUCAGUGUUGGAAGAGGCACAAGGAAAGGAGUUGAAGUUGGUCACCAAUCAGAUAUGCUCAAAGUUGAUGGAAAGGUUGGUAUUGUUUGCUAAUACACAACAAUUGAAGUCGAUAUUUGAAAACUUUUCCAAUCAUUUUGUAUCGCUAGCAUUUCACAAAUACGCUUCGCACGUGUUGGAGACGUUGCUUGUAAGAGCAGCCGCAUUGAUUGAGAAAGAGAUUUUGCAAGCUGAUGAUAUAAAGUACGAAGAGGAAGAUGGAGUCGUAAUUGCAGAUCGUCAUGACGGUAAAACUGUCGAAGAGUUGUUCAUUACUAUGGUGAAUGAGUUUAAACCUUAUUUAUUAACAAUGAUUGACCAUCAGUAUGCUUCACAUGUGUUGAGACUUUUGAUUUUGAUUCUCGCUGGGAAAGAGUUACCUUCGACAACGGUAUCAAACUCUGUCUUAAGAUCCAAAAAGUCAAAGAUUGCAAGAAAGAUGAUUGAAAUUAAGGACAAUGAAGAUUUCAAUAGAGCUUUCCAAACACCACUUUCAUUCAAGGAUGAACUUCGUUAUUAUUUUCAAGACUUGACAAAGGACAUGGACACGAAAAAGGCAAGGGAAUUGAGUAUACAUAAAAUUGCAUCUCCAGUUAUGCAGCUUGCGAUCCAGUUGGAAGGACUUGUUGACCGUGAACGUACAAUGUGGCACUUGAUCUUUGCCAAGCAAAGUGAUGAUAAAGUUCCUGACGAGGAAGCAUUUGUCGAGUACUUGUUGUCUGAUCCAGUAGGUUCUCACUUUUUCGAAGCUGUUAUAAAGAAUAAUGGCCCUAAACCACAAUAUAUUGAGAGGCUAUACAGGCUUUACAUGAAGGAUAGAGUUUUGAAGCUAGCCAGGAGGUCUACCACUGGUGUUUACAUUAUACAGGCAUUAUUAUUCAAAUUGAAGCCAGUUGAAGUGGAGUUUAUCUUGGAUCAAAUUAUACCAGAAUUAUCCAACCUUAUUUCGAUAGCCGAUAACCAAAACUUGGAUUUAGCUCAAAAAGUUAUCGAUGCCUCAAUCCUGAGAGGAAAUUAUUUGAGGGACGAGAUUAUAACACAAUUGUUUAUCAAAUUUGCCCCCAAUUAUGAUUAUUCAAACCCUCAAACAGACACCUCUACCGAGUUUAUUGAAAAUGUGCUACAGUUAACAGGAUCCACUUUAGGAAACACAAGGGGCGAUUGGCCAACUGCUGAAGAGAGAAAGAGGGCAUUAUUUUUGGAGAAAUUGAUGGAACUUGACAAUAGAUUUGUUACAUGUACGUGGUUGAAUUUUAUUGCUUUACCGGUGGAAAGGUUCGUGCAAAUGUGUUUUCAUGGUGUCUUUUCGCAUGUCGUUGAAAAAUCCUUAGUGGUUGAUAAAGACGAAACAAAACAAGUACAGAUUCUUCGAAAGAGAUAUCUCAACAUUUUUCAAAAUCAAAUAGUUGCAUUGUCUUGCAAUUCCUAUGGAUCCCACAUUGUUGAUAAAUUAUGGGAUUUUACAGUUUUAUUACCCAUGUAUAAAGAUCGUAUUGCCUCCGAGCUCAUGAGUGAUUCGCAUAAAGUCAAGGAAAGUCAAUAUGGUAAAUUAGUAUGGAAAAAUUGGUCAAUGGAGCUCUUUGUGAGAAAGAAAUAUGAUUGGAAACAACUUGUCAAGGAACAAGAACAUGAGUUUCUUGGAGGAGAGGAGAACCAAGCAACCAGAGCUAAAAAGCCAAUUGAAUUGAAAAUGGAAAAAUUAGCUGAAGAAAAGAGAAUACAAGCUGAAAAAGCAGAGAAAGCUCAAAGUGGAUACAAUAAACGUAAGCUAGAUGAAUUGACUGCUGCUUCAGAAAAGAAGCAGAAAUUGAGAGGAAGAAGACGUGAAUAA